GCUCUAGCAAUCGUUUCACUCUUCCAUUCUUUCACGUCUCCACCACCGCACCAUCGGACUCUCCGCCACUCGCCACCUAUAAAUACCCACCCCAUCCGGCUAACAUCACCUCUCUCUCACAAUUACAAUGAACGCCGAUAAGAUCCACCAACGUUCCAUACCACAAACAACCACCCUCCUCAAAACAUCAAACAACGUUUCCAUUAACAAUUUCAAUCUCAAAAAGACCAACAAUUCUACGACCACAUGGGGAUCGCUAGCGGACGCGUCGUUUUUACAAUGGACAACAUCGGAUGUGUUCGGUUUGUUUAAGUACCACCCCGUCCCGUGUUUCUUUGCUGUUUCGUUACUGUUUUUUAUGGGUGUGGAGUAUACGCUGCGGAUGAUACCGCCCUCGUCACCCCCGUUUGAUAUUGGGUUCGUUGCCACUGCGUAUUUGCAUCGUGUCCUCGUCGCUAGUCCGACGCUAAACACAGUUCUCGCAGGGCUUAAUACGGUGUUUGUGGGGAUGCAAACAACCUAUAUAAUAGGGACGUGGGUCAUUGAAGGGCGGCCGAGAGCCACAGUCGCGGCGCUGUUCAUGUUUACUUGCAGAGGGAUUUUGGGUUAUUCGACACAGCUUCCUUUGCCUGAGGGAUUCUUGGGUUCGGGAGCAGACUUUCCGGUAGGCAAUGUGUCCUUCUUCUUGUUUUAUUCUGGUCAUGUAGCAGGAUCAGUAAUUGCAUCGUUUGAUAUGAAGAGAAUGCAUAGGUGGGAGUUGGCCUUUCUAUUCGACACCUUGAACCUUUUGCAGGUGGUGCGGUUACUAAGCACAAGGGGACACUACACCAUUGACUUAGCCGUCGGAGUAGGUGCCGGCAUGUUGUUUGAUUCCCUCGCCGGAAAAUACAUGAAGAAGGCUAUGGCUGAAGGAGGUGAUGUCUUGUAUACAAACCUACCUCACUUAUCUUAACCCUUAACCACUUCAACGUCAACUUAACUGUUAGUUUUUGGAUAUGCUGUUAGAAAAAAAAAAUUGUGCAACUUGUUCUUUUUAAGGUACAACUUAUUUUCAGUUAGUUGUAUUUUCCUUGUUAAAAUUUGGUAAAGUUGCAUCA